AUGCUCACAGCCUGUUGUCAAUACGUACUUGUACGAGGCGCUGAGAUCUGCCUCUUUGGAGCUGCAGGUGUGUGGGCCGCACAGCUGCAAACGCUCGCACUGUUGUUCAGUGCUGUGGUGGGCUACAUGGUGAUUGCCACGGACCUUUUCGAGCCUUUUCUAGUUGACAUCAUGACUCGCCAAACCAUUAAUCUGCUCUUCUUGCUCGUGACCAUCCCCUAG